UAGGACUAAAAAUUAAAUCCCCAAAACCAAUCGAUCGCUGCAGCGGAGAGGAAAAUGAGCGAAAUCGAGGAAUCAAGAAGAAGCUUGUGGCAUUCUCUGAAGAAGAGUUUUCAUCUCGACGAUUAUUCCAAAAUUUUAAACCCCGAUAGACCUUUGUCCCAUCGGAGUAGCGCCACUGUCCAGCAGUUCAUCACAUCUGAUCCCGUCCACGGACCUGCGCUGAAGGCUGCAGAGCAAGCAGCUAACUUUGCUUAUGUAGGUGCUGCUGUUGGAGCGAUUACAACUGGUGGAAAUGCUUGGAGGUGGUCAAAGAGUCCUCACGGUACUGUGUUGUCUUUUGCUUUUGGAGCAGUAGUCGGGUUCACCUUGGGAGCCGAGGCUGCUAACCACUGGUGCCAGUUAUAUAGGCUGGAUACAGUAGCAGCGCAGGUUAAAUUCAAUGAGUGGUUGCAGAAGAGAACCUGAGGAGAGUUAUCAAAUUGGCCCAUUGAAACACCAAAUGGAGCGGCCCUUGUAGUAAUAAUGAGAUUUGUCCCUCUAUCUCUCUUGUUUGUUCUUUGUUUUUGCAUGUAGGACCAAUGUGCUGUUUCUCCUACAGAUUGAAUGGUUUUAGUGUUUAUUGGUGCUUCUUCCC